CCGCAAAACCCCCGAGGUGGAGUUAUCAAAGCUCGAACCCCGCGAGGAAAGAUUCAUCCCAGCCCGGCUGCUAUUUUUGGUGCAGUUUGAAAAUCGAUGGAAGAUAUUUAUUUCCUGUUCAUGUCGAGGUAAUUAGUCUCGCUUCCCGAACGAACUGAUCUGAUCUUGGGCUUUGAUCCCCACACCGUCUUUUCUUCCGUGACAGCAUGAGGACCUAACAGAAGGUCGCGAGAGGGGAGCGCGCAUGUUCGGAUGAUGCUCUUCCUGACCGGACACGCGAACUGACCGGCUCGUAUCAUCUCUGCUGGGUUUGAAACAAACGAGUCAUCAGCUGUUUUAUUCGGGAUGCUUUAGAAUUUGCGGCCUGCUCGGGUCUCGAGUUACCGCAAUGCCACUGGCGAGAGGAGGGAGAGGAGGGAGCAGAAAAAAGGAAAUGAGUAUAACAAAAAUGUACAGUUUGCUAAAAACUAGCCCAGUUUUUGUGCUUGUGUUUUAAUCAGGAAACGACUGAGCAGGAGAAUGGUAUAGACUGCUAUAGUAUUGGCUAUAAUGGCCUGUGAACUGCAUUGGGUGAAAGAGACACUGUAUUGACUGAAGCAGUCUUUGUAUCAUGGCUGAAAUGUCAAAUGAGCUGAACUUUGUUUUAUGAUCCCAGAGUAAGCGUCAAACCUCCCCAAACACAGAAGAGCCUAACAUGCCUUCGCCGUCAGACUCCAGCAGCGUGGCUUCAGCCUCGGGGUCUCGAGGCUGGUCAGACAGCCGCCGUGGCAUGUCAGGCCGGGGGCCUGGUGGUGCACGGCUGCUCCUGUACCUGGGGCUGUGCCACCUGGGCCUGGGGGCCAUGGUCCUGGCCUUCUCUUUCACCAGCAUGGCCUUCACCUCCUCAGCACGUGUGAGGCAGUCCUGCCCGUUUUGGGCUGGAUUCUUUGUGGUGGCAUCAGGGAUCGUUGGAAUAAUCUCAUGGAGGAGACCUUUAACGCUGGUGGUGUCACUGUUCAUGCUGCUGUCUGCAGUAUGUGUUAUCCUCAGUCUGGCCGGCUCAAUGCUCUCCUGUCAGAAUGCACAGAUGGUCAAGUCUAUGCUCACCUGCCAGGUGGAGGAUAAACACUGUGUGUGUUGUGCACCCAGUCACUCUUGCUCCAUCACAGAGGAGGAGACCCUAGUGCUCUACCCGAAUACUGAUUGCCACUCAGUCAGACGUCAGCUGAAGGACCUUUUGUUCAGUGCAUGUGGUCUCAGCAUUCUUUCCACCAUCAUCUGCACUCUGUCCACUGUGACCUGCAGUAUCCACAUAUUCUCCUUGGACCUUGUGCACCUGUUGGCACCACAUCGCUCUCGCUCCGUCAACCCAGAAUGCACUACUCCUCAGGACGCCUUCCUGACCAACAUCAUGGACUUUGAGGAGUUUGUUCCACCCAUCCCUCCGCCCCCCUACUAUCCUCCUGAGUACACCUGCAGCUCUGAGACAGACGCUCAGAGCAUCACCUAUAAUGGCUCCAUGGAGAGCCCUGUUCCUCUCUACCCCACUGAUUGCCCUCCUCCUUAUGAAGCUGUGAUGGGACAAAGAGCUGUCAGCCAGGCAACAAUGUUUGACCCCCAUGGCACUGAGCUGUCUGGAGAGAGAGGAACGUCCACUGCCUUCAGCGGAGAGGUGUCCAUGGACAGUGGCUCUCUGCUGAUGUCAGAGAUCGUGGACAUCCCCGAUGAUUCCUCCCCUUCCGAGGACUCCUGUCUGAUGGAGGUGGGAGUGAGGCCCCAGGGAGAGAAGUACAACAGGUCUGCUGGUGAGGGGGGAGAAAUGGGAGAUGGAGGGGAGUACAUCAGCUUCCGUGGUCCCCCGUCCCAAACACCAGAGAGUCCACUGGCAGGAGGACCCAGAGCCAGGCGCUUUCUCAGAGGAGAGAGGUCCAACUCCUGCUCUUCACCCAGCACAGCUACCACCACAUACAGGUCUCCAGUAUUGCGUCGCCAGGCCAUGCUAGCUAGUAGCUGCUCCCAGCUGGAAGCAAUAGGGGGCUCCACCUCUCAACAGCGAUCCUCCAUCCCAGAGAUUCGAAUUCGCCCUUCCACUCCUUCACGCCAAGGAGCUGGCCUCGACUCCUCUGCUCCCCCCACUUCCUCCUCCUCAGCUGCCAGUGAGCAGGCUGGUGGUCAGGGUAACGGGCCGGCCCUCCCACGUCAACCUUUGUACCUUCGACGAAGGGCUGGAAAGAGUGAGAAAGAUGGAGAGAAUGUGAGAAGGGAUAGCGAAGGGUUCCUACGCCUCGUGAGGUCACACAGUGAGCCAGGCCUCGGCUCCUCCACUGAUACAAUUGACUUUGGCUCAGGAGGCAGCAAGGCAUCUACAGACACGGGUCCAUCCUCUGAGGCUUAUCUGCUGCCCCGCACCUCUCUGCCUCCUGCUGCAGCUUUGCCAAGGAAAGAAAACAUGAAAUCAGAUGCUACCGGGGUGCAGGUUCCCUCCAAACCUCCACCCACCUCCCCAAUGCGUUUACCUAAAGAUUGCCACCGUUCCCUUGGGGACCUUAAGGUGACUCGUGUUCUGAUGGCUCGCUUCUUGCAGCGCUCUAAACGCAACCUUGCGCCCUCCUCCGAGCAUGUUGGGGGCACAAUACCGGGGCCUAAGAGGAGGAGUGGUGCUGAGGGUGCUGCCACCAACCACCUGCCCUUGGAACAAGUUUUGCGGAACCCUUGGAGUACCAGCCGAGGACCCCCCAACCAUCAUUCCCAUCACCCUCAUCACCGUGGACACCACCAUUCCCAUAGUGACAGUCGACACAACCGGCAUCACAGCAGCCGGGCCCCAGAGGGGAUCCACCUGCGCAGCUGUGGAGAUUUAAGCUCCUCCUCCUCAGUGUCACUACUGCGAUUAGUGACGCCUCAUCUGCCGCAUGGGUCAUCAGGAGCUCUCUACUCAGAGUCUGCACUGUGAGGAGGAGAGGAAAAUGAAAGAGGGAUGGAGGAAGAAAAUAAGGCGCAAGCAAGAGCUUGUAAGGAAAAAGGCAGGUUAAUGAUAAGGAUUUAGUUUAGCGGAGUCAUCUAGCACUGAAAUUUUGAAAGUCUUCCCUCCUUUUUCUCUUUGUCAACUCAGUUUCCUGAAGCCUUAUGGCCUUAUUCAGUGGUGCUCUUCAUCACUCUGAACAUCAAGCCAGAGUUCACUCUUACUUCACUGUUCAUCAGUAGUGAGAUGGUAACUAGAUGCUUAUUUCUAGCCAGAGACCAACGUACCAGAAG